AUGGAGCGGCCGGGGAGCAACGGGAGCUGCCCGGGCUGCCGGCUGGGGGCCGGGCCGGCGGCGCGGGCCGCCACGGCGCUGGCCGCCGUGCUCAUCGUCACCAUCGUGGGGGACAUCCUGGGCAACGUCCUGGUCAUCCUGUCCGUGCUGAGGAACAAGAAGCUCCGCAACGCCGGCAAUAUCUUUGUCGUCAGUUUGUCUGUUGCAGACCUUGUAGUUGCGGUGUAUCCAUAUCCUCUGAUCUUGAGUGCCAUUUUCCAUAAUGGAUGGACAAUGGGAAAUGUUCAUUGCCAGAUUAGUGGGUUCCUGAUGGGCUUAAGUGUCAUCGGGUCCAUUUUCAACAUCACUGCAAUCGCAAUCAACCGCUACUGCUACAUCUGCCACAGCCUGCGGUACGAUAAGCUCUUCAACCUGAAGAACACCUGCUGCUAUCUCUGUCUGACAUGGAUACUGACGGUGGUGGCAAUUGUGCCAAAUCUCUUUGUUGGCUCCUUGCAGUAUGACCCCCGGAUUUACUCCUGCACCUUUGCCCAGACAGUGAGUACGUCGUACACCAUCACAGUAGUGGUGGUUCAUUUCAUUGUCCCACUGUCCAUUGUGACGUUCUGCUACUUACGGAUCUGGAUUUUGGUGAUUCAAGUCAAACACCGGGUGAGACAAGACUGCAAGCAGAAGCUCAGAGCAGCUGACAUCCGGAAUUUUUUGACUAUGUUUGUGGUUUUUGUCCUUUUUGCUGUAUGCUGGGGACCGUUAAACUUUAUUGGUCUUGCUGUUUCAAUUAGUCCUUCAAAAGUACAGCCACACAUUCCAGAAUGGCUUUUUGUCGUGAGCUAUUUUAUGGCCUAUUUUAACAGCUGCCUCAAUGCAGUGAUCUAUGGGCUUCUUAACCAGAAUUUCCGAAAGGAGUACAAAAGGAUACUACUGACGCUCCGGACUCCAAGGUUGCUGUUCAUUGAUGUGUCGAAGGUUGGGACAGAAGGGAUGAAAAGCAAACCAUCUCCAGCCAUAACAAACAACAACAAUCAGGCUGAAAUACCUUUAUAAGUCAGAACAGCGCUAUUUAUUCUGGGUUACAGUUGUAUAUGUGAGAGCCUUUCUAUGUGUGCAUUUCACAGCUGAUGUUGCUGGGCCUCAAACUGCCAGCAUCUUCUCAUACAAGGAAAGGAGUCUGCAACUUAUCACCAUGACUUUAAGACUCUGAGAUUUGCAGAAUGAAAACAACUAACCUUUAUCUUUUUUUUUUCCUAUGCCGUCUUUCACCAUGUGCCUGUUUGGUUUGGUUGCUUUUGCCACAAGCAUGCCAAUACCCUCUGAAAAGGGAAGCAUUCAGAGUGCAUGGAGAAGUGCAGUAAUGCUUGAAAUGCAAGCUACAAGAGCAGGCAAAAUCACCAUGUAUUACAGACAGAUCUUUCCGUCCUCCCUCUUAAUUCUACUUGUUUAGCAUUAACGUAACCCAGACUAUAGGGAUCAAAGUGUAAACUGCAUGGCUUUGUACCUUUUUGCAUAGGUUAGUAACAAUAUUAGUCUGCAGGCAUAUAUAUGGGCAUGAUGACUUCCACUGUGUGUAUUUCUUCUUUUUUUACUUUUUCUUUUUUAUCUUUUCCUAUUAAGGUUUAGUAGCUAGCCUGUAGUAGAUGUGAGGCAGGCAAAAGCCAGACCUAGUGAGUGUCUGAUGCACUCAUUUUAAUUGAAUCUAUACAGAUAUUAAGUAGCCUUGCACUCUCCUUCCCAGGCCAUGAAUAAGAGUACAACACAUGACAUAAUCGAAUCACAGGAGGAUACUCGGAGCCUGAUUCUAAUUUAGGCAGUAUUCUGUAAUGGCUAGCAUUCAUUCCAAAUAUCUUUCAGAAGUCCCUGCUACAUGAACGUCAUAAAAAAAAUGAACGUAGCAAAGGCCCAUCUGUUUAAUGCAGAUGCAGACUUUUAAUAAAUGAACAGAGGAAAACUAAAUUCCAAUAAUAUUUACACUUGCAGACAAAAGCAUAAGGGGAAGGAAGUGUUUAUUCCAAAUAUCUUUCCAUUUGUCUACCACAUAGCAUGAAUUUGAUGGAAGGAAAAAAAGUCUGGAGAUUUUUUUUCCAUUUUACUUCUGUACAAAACUGUAACUAAUUCAUGGAGUUGGGUGAGGAAAACUAUCUGAGCAUAUCCACGUAUCACUUCUCAGUAAAAGCCUUGUCUUUGCUAUCUUUGUCAUUGCAAACAAUGUCUCGAAGUGCUGGGUAGGCCAGGGUCAUAUUAGGAACAUAAGCACAUGGGCAGAGAUAAGGCUGUUUCUUGGAUGGGAUGGAGGUGUUGCCAUUUGUAAAUAUGACUUUUUUCCCCUCCUUAGCUUCAUUGUGAAUUCAUCUCCUUAUGGCUUUAAAUGAGUAUACCCUGCUUUGAAGCAGACCCCUUAAGUGAAGAGGCAAAACUACCCUGCUGCAAUGCUACGUUCAAGUCAGCAAAACUGGCUCGGUGCUGGCAUGGCAAGGCACUCAGCCGAGGAGAGCAGCAAGAGCUGUGCUCCCUUCUGCUGAAUUCUGAGGGGGAAAAGAGUUGAGAGAAAUUAAGUCCCUUUACGGAUUGGGCCAAGAAAUACUGUGUGGCAUAUUGCUUUAAUGAGGGUUACA